AUGAAGCUCCCUAGCGCAUUCAACCCAGAUGAACUGGCGAUGUUCGUCAUACAAGCUCGCCUGGCCCUGUUGGACAAUGAAUCGGGCAAUGUAGAAGACGACGAACCAUUCUUUGUCGCAGAUCUGGGGCAGGUAUACCAGCAGCAUCAACGGUGGACUCGCAAUUUGCCUGCCGUUCAACCGUUUUAUGCGGUCAAAUGUAACCCGGAUCCGACACUGUUGAGGUUCCUCGCGGAACUAGGCACUGGAUUUGACUGUGCCUCGAUUGACGAGUUGAAGAGAGUCCGGAAUCUGGGGGUGGAUCCAUCCCGGAUUGUCUUUGCUAAUCCAUGCAAAGCAGCAUCUGCAUUGUGUACGGCACGGGAUAUGGGUGUGACCAAGACGACUUUCGAUAACUUGGACGAGCUGGACUCGAUCAAACAGUUCAUGCCUAAUGCCCAGCUGUUUUUGAGGAUAUAUGCCAGUGAUGACGAUGCGUUGAUUCAAUUUGGUGACAAGUUUGGUGCUUCCCCCGAAGCAACGACGGUAUUGCUUGAACGAGCUUGGGAUCUGGGCCUUGAAAUUGUUGGGGUUAGUUUUCAUGUUGGCACUGGAGCAACCAAUCAUCAGUCAUUCGUCGACGCCAUGGAAAGAGCAGAGACCGUCUUCAACCAAGCCACUCGAAUCGGGCAUCAUCUGCAAUACCUCGACAUAGGCGGUGGGUUUCAAGACGCAGGUUUCGAGCGCAUGGCAUCUGGUAUCAAAGAAGCCGUGAAGCUAUACAUGCCUCCAGAGGUCCGCAUAAUCGCAGAACCCGGACGAUUCUAUACCCGUAAUGCAUACACGCUGGUCUGCAAAGUUAUCUCCCGACGAUGUCAGAUUGGCAAUGAUAAGUCCAACCCGGACAUGUUAUAUCAGAACGAUGGCGUGUACGGCAAUUUUAUGAAUGUCCUGGUGGAGAAAGAGAUCAUGCGUCCAUCGCUUGUAACACCGGCACUCAGCUUAACAGACUCUCGAGCAGAGUCGUCACGAGUAGACGGAGAACACUGGUACAGCAUCUGGGGCCCGACUUGCGACAGUGUAGAUUGCGUGACUCGCAAGAUGCGGAUGGAUUUGGAAGUCAAGGUCGGGGAUUGGCUGAUGUACAAGAACAUGGGAGCGUAUACCAUGGCAACCAGCACACGAUUCAAUGGGUUUGAAGCCCAACAUCCGGUAAUUUAUAUCAACAGAAUGUAUGUGAUGAAUAGCAUUGAUAAGGUUCGUGGCGGCUAA